GACACAGGUGAGGCCGGGCCUGCCGCCCCAAGGUUGUCUGUCCGUGUCUCGGCUGAGCAGACGACCGCCGCCCGCUCAGUCAGUUUGCCAGCUCGCAAAAAGUAAGUUUCGCCAAAGGGUGUUGCCUCGCCGACGCCGAGAGAGUUGUGUUCCGCGGCGAGGAGUCUGUGUAUGUGUGUGUGUGCCUGCUGUCUACAUUCCGGAGCCUUCGCGUAUCGUCUGCACGCCCUCGUUAUCUCGGCCUCCAGCGAGUGGCUUUCUCCACUGUGGAAAUUCUGUGAAGCGAUGGGAGAACCUGUUGCACACUCGGCCUGUGAGUGUACUGCGUGUGACGUGAGUACCUGGCACUAGGUCCUGGAAAGUAAAGCUAAGCAUACUGUUGACAGUUAAGUUGGCUUUUCACUGACACGACCGUUGGGGUGUUCACUGGGCUGCCUUGUACUCCAUGGCACGUCAGCGGCGCAAGUUCUGGCGUUCUCACGGCAUCAGGAGGCGUUGAGCGGGAGGAGACCCCGUCUUCUGCUGUUUCUGUUGGUAUUCCUCCCCUACCUCCUUUUCUACUGCGAUUGCUGUUGUUGUUUUUUUAAACUUAAGGAAAGAUCGCUGACAGACUGUUCACUGAUUUAUUCCCGAAGUAUCAGACCCAGGUGAGGACGCUUUUCCUGACUGGAUUAUACAGUUUCGUUGAGGGUGGAGUGUUUAAGGGUGGUGACUAGUGGGGCAGUACUACAAUGCCGCCACAUACUAUGAUGGACCUUAGCGCGAACUUGAUGCCAGAAGGAGAGCCGAUGGUGGGUGUUACCGAGGGGGCCCAGUCUGUCCAGCCCAAGCGAGUGAAGUGUGUCCUGGUGGGUGACGGAGCGGUGGGCAAGACCAGCCUGGUGGUUAGUUACACCACGAAUGGCUAUCCCACGGAAUACUUGCCUACUGCCUUCGACAACUACUCAGUGCUGGUCACGGUGGACAACAAACCAGUGCAGCUACAACUGUGCGACACAGCGGGGCAGGACGACUUUGACACCCUGCGGCCGCUGUGCUACCCGACUACCGAUGUCUUCCUGCUGUGCUUCAGUGUCGUGUCGCCCACCUCCUUCCACAACGUGCUGGAGAAGUGGGUCCCCGAGAUUCGCGCGCACUGCCCGGGUGCGCCGCUGGUGUUGGUGGGCACCCAGAGCGACCUGCGCAACGACGUGAAGGUGCUGAUCGAGCUCGCCAAGUACAAGGAGAAGCCUGUACCGGAAGCCGACGCCCUGCGGGUGGCCGCCGACCUGGGCGCCCCUUUCGUGGAGUGCUCGGCCUUGACGCAGAAAAAUUUAAAGGAAGUCUUCGACACGGCCAUCCUGGCCUCGCUGAACUGGGCCGACCUGGGGCCCACGCGGUCCAAAAGUCUGCGCAAAUCGAAGCGCAGUAAGAGCAAAGAUGGCGGCGGUGGCAUCUCGGGACUCGGCCUGCAGACGGGCCCCAGCAAAAAGGCCGGCUGGAAGAAGUUCUGCUGCUUUAUGUGAUUUCAACCGCCGGUGGUGUCUCACGCGCGGUCUCCCUCCUGCCGUGCGCGUGACGUUCUCCUUCCGGACCACGGGACUAGGAAGGAGUGCGAGGCUUGCGCCAGGACAGAAGUGGAGUUUAAAGGACAAAUAGUUCGCGCGUUAUUUUUUAAAAAAACUUUUCGCAUGUCAGCAUGGGACCACAUUGUUAGUAAAGCACUUAUGUACUUAGCACAACAAGGUCACAGAGCUUUACGUGGGACUUGGAGCAGAAACAGUCGUCCAUAUUGGAUACAGUACUUGCACAGAGACCGCACUCGACCCAGUUGUGGAGUUGGUAGUGAAUGGUGGGACUUUUCGGGGCCAGUAGGUAGAAGCGGCUCAGCUUUAUAUGUGGGGACAACCAGGGUGACUUCAUAAUCAAAGGUUUACUCAAAAUGAAAAGUAAGGUGUUAUGUUGUAUCCGUUACUCGAAAAUUGUGUCGCAGUGGUUACAAUAUGCUGACAGAGACCGACGGAUCGGGGAAUGCGUGGUGCAAGAUACGAGACACGUGUGGUGCUAAAUACGAGACACCAGUUUGUUCUUUCACUCGUGUUGGGUGUUGAGAUGAUGUCCAAUCAAUGAUUUCAUUAAUUCCCUUGUGCUUAUCACGUUGCUGUCAUCUGGAUGCACAGGGUCGUUGUCCCAAGCUCCCUCCGCCCCAUCCCCAUCAAAGACAAAACAACAGGUUUAUGCAGACUUGCACUUGCUGAUAACCUGAGACAGAGUGGGUGAGGAUUUCAGCGAGUCUGAUGUCAUUGUUACGGGACCAGUGUAAAGGACUUUACCAAAUUUUGCCUUAUUUUUUUAAUAAAAACGAAAAACUUUCCUGCUUUGUCAGGGCGGAACAUUUCAUAUUUUUUUUAAACAUUGCAAUAUGGAAAUGUCUUGAACACAGCCGCAAGAAAUGAAAAACUGCGAUGAACGAACUGGUGCAAAUUGAGGAUGCAAGAAAAGGCAACCCCGUGGUGUGGUGUGAUGUUUAGCUGACAGGUGAAAGUGGAAAGACCAAGUGCUGUGUCUGUGGCGUGGGUGAAAAAUGGAUUUGCACCUGUAAAACGCAUCAUUGGUGCCUUGCAAGAACCGUUUUUCUCUCUCUUCUGUCCCUUCUUCCUCCCCUAUCAUCAUUUCCUACAUCUUACUUUCUCACCCAACUUCACAAAGGUUGGAAGUUCAACUAGACAGUGCGGUUUACAACCCUGGGAACUAUGCAAUUUCUUUUGUAACAUAUUGACAUUUUACCGUAGUUGCUUUCGAAAGCCUGUGUUAAAGACGAUGCGCAUGCGUGAGUGAGUGAACGAGUGAAUGAAGACGAACAAUACUGGAUUUGUGCGGCUAUUAGCUGCAACCCUGUUCUACUGAUUAUGUGAAUGCAUGACUGUUGGGAGGCCUCCUUGCAGCCUGAACAAGGUCUGUUUACAUACUGUGGUCGUGGGGAGUGAGGCAGAAGGUUUGCUCAAUUUAGUCUGGCAACAGCAGUCGGCUGAACAGGAAGCUUGUCACCAGCACGAGCAGAAAGUUACUCAUGUAAACCUGCGCGCACGCGGGUGACCGGAUGAGCACCUGACUUGUGUUGUUUUAGGGGCCGGGGACAGGAUAGGGCAAUGUGACCACAUGACUUCCAACGUUGAAGUAUCCGAUACAGUCGAUAACAAACAUCAGUUUCGUGCAAACUUUGGGUGUAACAGCCAAUGGGAUUGGUCAGUGCCCACCAUUAUUUUCUGUUCAAUCAAGGGUGGGUGUCGACAGAGCUGAUACAAGCGUGCUAGUCUUUCAAAACAGUGAUGUGUCCAGUCGGCAAAUCCCGACAACUCUUAUCAUUUGUACAAAUCAAAGAGCCUUUUGCUGGUAGGACGGUUAUGUUCAGACAUUUUUUUUGUUUUUUGUUUUUUGUUGUAUUUAGUUUUCAUGUCACACGGUGACCUGGUCUUGAUCAGAUGUUUCUAGCUUAGCACGCACGUACAGAAGAUGCACUCACCAAGUUCCUCCUGCUUUGUAGUUGCUUCACCAUCGCUUUAUUUUUGAAGAAUUUGAUUCGUGUUUAUAUUUUAUAGAAAGAAACGAGUAUUAUUUUUAAAAGAAAAGUAUGACAGUAAAGGACAGCUGCUACAGUUCGGUCGGAAGGAGGUGUUGACACAGUCUCGGCCAUUUCUCUCAUGGAUAUGGAGAGAGGGUCAGGGGUGGACAAGACAAAUUGCAUGUGAUGCUUGAUGGCGACCACAGAUCGACAUCUUGUUUCGUGUGACACGUGCAGUGAAGGUGGGGCUGUAUGUUAGUGGUACUAUUAGCUUGUCUUUGGGUUAUGGGCCGUUAAGGUUUCUUGUUAAUGGUCGUCUUACAGAAAUUAAUGUAAAUGUGCUACUUGUUUGGCGAAACUUUUGUUUGUGUACUAAGAUGUAUAUUUUAUAGCACACUUUUUUCUCUUCUCUGCAGAAGCUGACGAUUGCUUUUUAUGUCAAUUGAUAACUAGAUAUCGGAUGUAACUUUUUGUGGUCUAGUGUAGUUUGUGUGGGGAGUAGGGGGGAGGCUGAGGUCAGAAACUAGCCAUGCUAAUCACUCUGUUCAGCGAAGGUUCACAUUUGCUCAAUGUGUCACAUGUCUUCCCGAACACAAACUGUUCUGUUUAUAUAGCUGAGAUGCACGGGAGUGAUGUGGCACAAGGUUAUUUUACACUAUUUGAAGACUGAAUGUAUCAUGAGAUUUCGCCCCAUUCGAAAGAUGAGUGAAGUGAGACGCAGAUGCCUAAUCGUUGGAAGAUAACAAAAUAUUUGGUUAAUAUUAUUGCAACAUUCAUGUCAAUAAACAGACUUUGCCCUUAAAAUUUGAAAA